UUCACGCUAGCCCAGCCACCCCUCGUGCUUCUUCCAUCAUCUUCUUCACUUUCACAGCCCAAUUAAAAAAGAAAACCAAGCCUGUCAAAAGAGAACAAACAGAUCAACUCCUUUCUUCAAUCGUCCCUCUCAACUGAACUUGGAUUAGACUAAGGAUUUGGAAUGGCGUCGAUUCCGUCUGAGAACGGCGUCGAAGGAGAUGACGAGCGAGAAGAGGAGGACGAAGAAGAGGAGGAAGAGGAGGAAGAGGGGGAGGAGGAAGAUGAAGAGGAGCCUAGGCUUAAGUACCAGAGAUUGGGAGGCAGCAUACCUUCCUUGCUAGCAAGUGAUGCGGCGUCCUGUAUUGCGGUUGCCGACCGGAUGAUCGCUCUUGGCUCCCAUGCUGGCACCGUUCACAUACUAGAUUUUCUUGGCAAUCAGGUGAAAGAAUUCUCGGCUCAUUCUGCCGUUGUUAACGACCUUUGCUUUGACAUAGAAGGUGAAUAUAUUGGAAGCUGUUCUGAUGACGGAUCGGUUGUGAUAAACAGCCUUUUCUCGGAUGAGAAAAUAAAAUUUGGGUAUCAUCGCCCAUUGAAGGCAAUUGCUCUUGACCCAGAUUAUUCAAGAAAAACAUCUAGGAGAUUCGUCGCUGGUGGCCUAGCUGGCCAUUUAUUUCUUAAUUCAAAGAAAUGGUUAGGCUAUCGUGAUCAGCAGGUUCUGCACUCUGGUGAAGGUCCAAUACAUGCAGUGAAAUGGAGAACAAGUCUUGUUGCUUGGGCAAAUGAUGCAGGAGUGAAGGUUUAUGAUACUGCCAAUGACCAGCGUAUAACUUUUAUUGAAAGACCACGCAAUAGUCCCCGCCCUGAGCUAUUGCCUCCCCACCUGGUUUGGCAGGAUGACACCCUCUUGGUUAUUGGGUGGGGUACGUCUGUCAAAAUUGCAUCAAUAAGAGCACAUCACCAUAAAAUAGCCAAUGGGACAUACAGGCAAUUUCCCUUGUCUGGGACGAACCAAGUGGAUAUUGUGGCAUCUUUCCAAACCACCUAUUUCAUCUCGGGAAUUGCACCCUUUGGUGAUGCUUUGGUUGUUCUAGCUUAUAUUCCUGCAGAAAAGGAUGGAGAAAGGGAUUUUAGUAGCACUGCUCCUUCACGUCAGGGCAAUGCACAAAGACCAGAAGUACGUGUAGUUACAUGGAAUAAUGAUGAACUUUCAACAGAUGCUCUACCAGUACAUGGCUUUGAGCAUUACAAGGCAAAGGACUAUUCCCUUGCUCACACUCCCUUCUCAGGUAGCAGUUAUGCUGGUGGUCAGUGGGCUGCAGGUGAUGAACCUCAUUACUACAUUGUAUCGCCAAAGGAUGUUGUCAUUGCAAAACCAAGGGAUGCUGAAGAUCAUAUUACUUGGCUUCUUCAACAUGGCUGGCAUGAAAAAGCUUUGGCUGUGGUUGAAUCUGGUCAAGGACGGAGUGAACUUCUUGAUGAGGUGGGUUCUAGGUAUCUUGAUCAUCUUAUUGUGGAAAGGAAAUAUGCUGAAGCGGCUUCUUUGUGUCCCAAGUUGCUCCGUGGAUCAGCUUCAGCAUGGGAGAGAUGGGUUUUUCACUUUGCUCAUCUUCGUCAACUCCCUGUUCUGGUUCCUUAUAUGCCCAUAGAGAACCCCAGACUGCGUGAUACUGCCUAUGAGGUUGCUCUUGUUGCAUUGGCUACAAAUCCAUCCUAUCAUAAGAGUCUCCUCUCCACAGUAAAAUCCUGGCCAUCUGUAAUUUAUUCUGCAUUGCCGGUUAUUUCAGCCAUAGAACCUCAGAUUAAUACUUCAUCUAUGACUGAUUCAGUCAAGGAGGCAUUGGCAGAAUUAUAUGCAAUUGAUGGGCAAUAUGAGAAAGCUUUUUCAUUGUAUGCUGAUCUUAUAAAGCCAGAAGUGUUUGACUUCAUUGAUAAACACAAUCUACAUGAUGCAGUUCGGGAGAAGGUUGUCCAACUGAUGAUUCUUGAUUGCAAGCGUGCUGUUUCUCUGUUAAUCCAAAACAGGGACUCAAUAAGCCCAGCCGAAGUUGUGAAGCAACUUCUCAAUGCUAAUAAUAAGUGUGAUUACAGAUAUUUCUUAUAUUUAUAUCUCCAUUCACUGUUUGAAGUAAACCCACAUGCUGGGAAGGACUUUCAUGAUAUGCAGGUAGAACUUUAUGCAGACUUUGAUCCAAAAAUGCUACUUCCAUUCCUUCGUAGCAGUCAGCAUUAUACCCUUGAGAAGGCUCACGAAAUUUGCGUCAAAAGAAAUUUGUUGAGGGAGCAAGUAUUCAUCUUAGGAAGGAUGGGAAACUCAAAGCAAGCCCUGGCUGUCAUUAUUAAUGAUUUGGGGGAUAUAGAGGAGGCUGUAGAGUUUGUUAAUAUGCAGCAUGAUGAUGAACUCUGGGAAGAGCUAAUCAAGCAAUGUCUUCACAAACCUGAAAUGGUGGGCAUGCUAUUGGAGCACACUGUUGGAAAUCUUGAUCCCCUCUACAUUGUGAAUAAGGUUCCCAAUGGAUUGGAAAUACCUCGGCUCAGGGAUCGGCUGGUUAAAAUUAUUACUGAUUACAGAACCGAAACCUCACUCAGACAUGGAUGCAAUGAUAUCCUUAAGGCGGACAUUGUUAAUCUUUUGAUUAAAUAUAACAAUGAGGCAAGGCAUGGAAUUUAUUUAAGUAAUGAAGGAGAUGAUCCACGAUCUAAAAGGAAUGAUGCUUAUGCUUCUCAGGCGGUUGAGAAGUCCUCAAGUGUGAGCAUGGAAGCCAAGUCGAAGACCAGGGGAGGAGGAAGAUGUUGUAUAUGUUUUGACCCCUUCUCUAUACAGAAUAUAUCUGUCAUUGUUUUCUUUUGUUGUCAUGCGUAUCACACUUCUUGUCUUAUGGAUUCUACCUACAGUAAUGGUUACAAGAAAGAGGUUGAAGCACCUUCUCAAGAGGCAGAAACGUGUGAUGUUUAUAAUGAUUAUGUGGACGAUGAGGGCGAUGAAGAAGAAGAAACCAAGUCAGGCAGCCCUCGUAUGCGUUGUAUAUUGUGUACUACUGCUGCUAGUUGAGUUUGUGUUUUCUCUGUCUGUGUCUUUGCCCACAGCUUGUGCAUGCAUGGUUACAUCUUAGUUCAGGGUUGCAUGUCGAUUGUGCACGUGUGGUUUCUCCCUUGUUUCAAUUUUGUCCUCAAUCUAUCAUCAAUAUAGAUCAUACAUAUUCUUUUUAA